GUUCCAACCGCGAAGGAUCUCUUCUAUCGUUGGCAACUCGCCGUCUCGUCGAUCUUGAUUCAUCUCUCGGAGAUAGAUCACCCGCCCCACUCUUGUCAUCGCCAUGGAUGAGGAAUACGACGUAAUCGUCCUUGGAACCGGACUCAAGGAAUGCAUUCUCAGCGGCCUCCUCUCCGUUGAUCGCCUCAAGGUUCUUCAUAUGGAUAGGAAUGAUUACUAUGGAGGAGAGUCAAGCUCACUCAAUCUCAUCCAACUAUGGAAAAGGUUCAGGGAUAGUGAUAAGCCUCCAUCAAGUCUGGGUCCCAGUAGAGAUUACAAUGUUGACAUGAUUCCAAAGUUUAUGAUGGCUAAUGGUACUUUAGUACGCACACUGAUACAUACUGAUGUUACAAAAUAUCUGUCUUUCAAAGCUGUAGAUGGAAGCUACGUCUUUAAUAAAGGAAAGGUUCACAAGGUUCCUGCCAAUGAUAUGGAAGCACUAAAAUCACCAUUAAUGGGCUUAUUUGAAAAACGCCGAGCUCGGAAAUUCUUCAUCUAUGUGCAAAACUAUAAUGAGAGUGAUCCAAAAACACAUGAAGGAUUGAACCUGACAAGAGUAACAAUGAAAGAACUGAUCUCAAAAUACGGUUUGGAUGACAACACAGUUGAUUUCAUUGGCCAUGCUUUGGCCCUUCAUAGGGAUGAUCGUUAUCUAAAUGAACCUGCACUAGAUACUGUGAAAAGGAUGAAGUUGUAUGCUGAGUCUCUUCUGCGUUUUCAAGGAGGCUCACCCUACAUAUAUCCUUUGUAUGGUUUAGGAGAGCUACCCCAGGCUUUUGCACGUCUUAGUGCUGUUUAUGGUGGGACAUAUAUGCUGAAUAAACCUGAAUGCAAGGUUGAAUUUGAUUCCGAAGGGAAAGCUUGUGGUGUGACUUCAGAAGGAGAAACAGCUCGAUGCAAGAAAGUUGUGUGUGAUCCUUCCUACUUGCCAAAUAAGGUUCAGAAGGUGGGAAAGGUUGCAAGGGCUAUUGCUAUUAUGAGCCAUCCAAUUCCAAAUACCAAUGAGUCCCAUUCAGUGCAGGUUAUAUUGCCACAAAAACAACUUGGACGCAAGUCUGACAUGUAUCUUUUUUGCUGUUCUUACUCGCACAACGUUGCCCCCAAAGGGAAGUAUAUUGCCUUUGUGUUGACAGAAGCUGAGACUGACAAGCCAGAGGUGGAACUAAAGCCUGGGAUUGAUCUUCUUGGACCAAUAGAUGAGAUAUUCUUCGAGACUUACGAUAGAUAUGAACCUUCCAAUGAUCCAUCAGUUGAUAAUUGCUUCAUUUCAACUAGUUACGAUCCAACCACCCACUUCGAAUCUACUGUGAUGGACGUGCUCACUAUGUACACUGCAAUCACUGGAAAGACUCUCGAUCUCAGCGUCGAUUUAAGCGCUGCUAGUGCUGCUGAAGAAUGAAUAAAGUGCUAUGCUACAUUUUAGUCAUGAUCAGUUUUCAUUAUGGAGCCUUACUACUUGGCACUCAAGAUCAAUUUGAAUUUUCUUCAUGCAGCUCAAGUCAAGCAGCAUUUUUGCUUUAGAACCUAUAAAUUUCUUUGAAUAGUACAAUCUGCUAAAAAUUUCCAGGCAUCUUAUGAGUUGUCGUAUUUCCUUUCUGUUUUUGGUCGUAUGAGCUGUAGUUCUUGAGAACCUUUUUUUGGUGGAAGAAAUGAUUGAUUGGACUAA